GACACGUGCUUUAAAGCAUGUUUAUCUUUGUCUUAGUAACCUUUAUGGAGAUAAUGUCAAGUUCAGCCAACCAGGGUAUUUGCUGAAAUAUAUCAAGGUCAGCAAGGGUAUAUAGGCCUGGGGACGGGUUUAAAACAAUUACAAUUUACAAGAACAGUAGAUUAAGCCUGUGUGACUUAUCGCUUAAUACAUUCAGCUUGAAUUCGUUUUCAAAUCAACCGUCCACGAUGAGUUCAACUGAGCGUAUAGUGUUUUAUUUGAUGCUCUUUGUGCUGUGGCUUUCCGUAUUUUCGGGAUCGUCACACGAAGUUGUCAGAAAACUUCCGCGUCAAGUCAGUCCUCCCAAGCGGUUGUUUUCGUCCAACUCAAAGGAGAAGAAAACUGGCGAAGCCACUGAAGUUCCAACAUUCUUCAGCAGACGAAAUAAAGAUGGGAAAAUCAUUAAUGCCUUCGAGAAAGACGCUUGGUUUGACAUACACAGCAGACAAUCAGGUGAAUCUAGUCUUGAUACAAAGGCUAAUCUCACGAUCGACCCUUCGUUGAUUAAAAAUAAUGAAAAUAUCAGCGUCGUAUGGGAGGGAGUUACGAAUCCUACAGCAAAAGACAUCAUUGCUCUCUAUUGUCCAGAAUACUCGAAAGACAACGAGUACAUCGAUUACUUCAACGCUGAUGUUUCUUCAACGUACGAGCAAGGUCAUGGGGAACAUUGGGUACAAUUGGUCAACUUUCGCGCGGAUUGUGAGAUGCGAUAUUUUCGUAAUUAUUCCCAAGACCAUCAAGAGCUUGUGGCAACAAGUAAUAUCGUGAAGUUUGAAGGAGGACCCGAACAACCAUUGCAAGUCCAUCUCGCUUUAACCGGAGAUCCAAGCGAAAUGAGAGUGAUGUGGGUCUCUGGAACAAAUGUGACACCAGUUGUUAAAUUCAGCGUCGACAAGUCUCUCAGUUUGGUCGCUGAAGGAAAAAGUCAAACGUAUAACGGAGCUGAUCUCUGUUUUCUCAAUGGAAUGUUUAUUGACCCUGGCUAUAUCCACGAUGUCAAACUAACUGGAUUGAAGCCGUACACAACUUACUAUUACUCAUGUGGGGUUGAGGGUCAUAUGAGCGAAAUACGUUCCUUCAAAACGGCCCCCCCUGUCGGCUCUGACGUGUCCUACAAGUUUAUUGUUUAUGGGGAUAUGGGAAUGUCUCCGGCUGCCCAUGCUACCGCGAAGUAUGCCUUCAGAGAUAUUAUGAACGGCUAUGAAUUUAUUUUUCAUCACGGAGAUAUCUCGUAUGCCAGAGGAUAUGCCUACAUCUGGGACCAAUGGCAUGCGUUGAUUGAACCUUAUGCCAGUAUUGCACCAUAUAUGGUGGGGAUUGGUAACCACGAACAGGAUCAUUUAGACGUCUCCGACAAAGAUCCGAGCAACGUUACCGGCAACGGUUGGCACCCGUGGUGGGGAAACUACGGUGAUGAUUCAAACGGAGAAUGUGGGGUACCUAUGUUUCAUCGCUUUCAUAUGCCCGAAAAUGGUAACCACCUUUGGUGGUACAGCUACGAUUAUGGUAUGGUUCAUUACAUUAUGAUGAGCACGGAACAUAACAUGGGAGUCGGAUCAAGACAAUAUUCUUGGUUGGAGAAAGAUCUUAUGAGUGUCAACCGCUCCAAAACUCCUUGGAUCAUUUUGGCCGGGCAUCGACCAAUGUACACCAGUGAACUCGCUAUAAGUGAUCUUUUUGUAUCGUACGGUAUGCAGCAUCUCUUCGAAGAUCUCUUGUACAAAUACCGCGUUGAUCUGGCACUGUGGGCGCACUAUCACAGUUACGAACGCACGUGUCCAGUUUAUAGGAAGAAGUGUCAACAAGAUGGGAUAACGCAUAUCACGAUAGGAACCGCUGGGAAGGAGGAGGAUACCGAAAGCUAUGAAAAGGAGGACUGGUCACUCUUUCAGCGUAAGGAUGAUCCAUACGGUUACGGUCGUGUGACGAUCGCCAACCGCUCGGCUUUGCAUUGGGAGUACUUCGUGAACAGCCAGGAUAAGGUUAUUGAUGAUGUUUGGUUGAAAAAACCAAAGCAUGUAAGAAGCAGUACACAUGAGCGUGACACAUUAUUUUGAUUUGUAAGUUGUAACAUGGUUUUUUUCUGUAAUAGGUCAGUAGCUUACAGUUGAUGACAUAGAAUUAAUAUCUAAUAAACGCUCAUGCAACUCGCAAAAACCAUUCCCGGGGUGCGACACAACGAACACUGCAGGUAUAGCAUUCUCGGUUAACAAUUUACUUUUAUUUGAGAACAUGCAAUGAUGCAAAUACUGAUAACCUAAAUUCAUGCCAUAUUCAGACAGAACAUUGUAUUUUUAUUAAUAAGAAGUAUAUGAAUUAUAUAUGUAAUAAGAAGUAUAUGAAGGCUAAUCGGGAUCAUGACAUUAUGUAAACAGCCCCUGAAGGUAAUUUUCGUUCUCUGCGCGGACGAAGAGCGCUUUGCCCUUGCGCGGUAAAAGCGAACGUAAUGGGAAAGAGCCCAUUCUAUGUCACUUCGUAAACGUAUAUCUCGUAUUUGAAACUAAUGCAUUAC